GCGACAUAUCUACCAACAUCCGCCACCUCGACGAUUUACGGUUCCCGAUCUCCCUCGCUAUUCCAGUUAAGACCUGACUCGGACAGAGACUCGGUCGGACCAGUACCAACUCAGUCCCUUCCAACGGGCCGACGACGACAAUGACCAGAGCUUUCAGGCCUUCUUCAUCUUCGGCUAAGAAACCCGCCCUCGUUCACCUCUUCUGCGCCGCUGCCAUUUUCUCUCUCCUCGUUUUCGCCAUUCAAUCCUCUCUCUUUGCUGGCACCAAGAAACUCGAUACUAACAGAGAAGAAGUUCAGAUCUUGUCUGGUUUUCAGUCCAGUGUUCAGCAAUGUGUGGCAAACAGAGGGCUCGGACUCACGGCACAUGUUAUUGAUCACUGUAAAUUGAUUCUUAAGUUUCCCGAGGGCACCAACAGCACUUGGUACAAUGCGCAAUUUAAAAUAUACGAACCAUUGGAGUACAAUUAUGACAUUUGCGAGGCGAUUCUGUUGUGGGAACAGUACCGUAAUAUGACUACAGUGUUGACAAGAGAAUACCUUGAUGCUCGGCCUGAUGGGUGGUUAGAUUACGCAGCAAAACGGAUAGCACAAUUAGGUGCAGAAAAAUGCUACAAUCGUUCUCUUUGUGAGGAGCACCUUAACUUAAUUUUGCCAGCAAAGCCACCCUUCCACCCCCGACAAUUUAAGACUUGUGCUGUUGUUGGGAAUUCGGGAGACCUCUUAAAGACAGAGUUUGGAGAAGAGAUUGAUGGACAUGAUGCUGUCAUAAGAGACAAUGAGGCGCCCGUUAAUGAGAAAUAUGCCAAGUAUGUUGGCAUGAAGAGGCAUUUUCGCUUAGUGGUGCGGGGUGCUGCUCGUAACAUGGUUACUAUCCUCAACGGGUCAGCUGACGAAGUACUUGUUAUCAAAAGUGUGACCCACAAAGACUUCAAUACAAUGAUAAAGAGUAUUCCAAAUCCAGUUUAUCUAUUCCAAGGUAUCGUGUUGCGCAGAGGUGCCAAAGGAACUGGAAUGAAGUCAAUAGAACUAGCACUUUCCAUGUGCGACAUUGUUGACAUAUAUGGUUUCACUGUUGAUCCAGGCUACACUGAAUGGACCCGGUACUUCUCCACACCUAGGAAAGGGCAUAAUCCACUUCAAGGGCGGGCAUAUUACCAACUUCUAGAAUGCCUCGGUGUUAUCAGGAUUCAUUCUCCUAUGAGAGCUACAAGGAAGCAAGACUGGUCAGAUGUACCAAGCCGAGACAUGAUAAGUAGAGCUCAUGCAGCAGCUUUGCGCUUGAAGAGGCGCCAAGCUGGUCAAGAUGGUGAGGAGCUGGGACAAUUUGGUAGCUGUAAGGUGUGGGGCAAUGCGGGUCCUGAUGAGAGCGGCCCCAUCUCUGGAUCUCCAGACAUGAGUACUGUCCGAAAGUAUUCUAAUUACAGCAAAUGGGAAGUCAUGCCGUUUGAGAGUCUAAGAAAAGAAGCGAAGGAUCACUACAUGCAGAUGCAAGGUGUCUCGCUCUACAAAAUGGAUGGCAAUAAGUUGGAUGAUCUGGUAUGUGUGAGACACUCCUUAAAAUCUGAUGUGUGAGCAAAUCCUGGCUGGUGCCUUCUUGUAGUCCGGAAAGAAAAUUGCUUGGUAGUAGAACCAUCUGGUAACUUGGGGAAUUUAUCAGGAUUCCCAUUGAUAACUGCUGCCAUUCCCAUUUACCUCACUUUAGAGCAAACGAAAGUGCUGUCCAGGCAAUGUUUGUGUAAUUGAUAGCAGUGUGAUCAUCAGAUUCAGCUGACAAAGGAGCAAGGAGGUUGCCCAAACUAAGUGAUCUGAUGCCUCUUGCUCAAAGAGUUUUUCUAUGGAGAUGACAACUAUGAAAAAUUUGUAGGCUCUCUUAGUUCUCUGACCAAUUUACCUUGUUUCGGAAUGUGGCCUUUAUUGUAUCGCGUGACAUUUCUUCAUUUAGUUUCUUCACCGAUGGUAGCGAACAUUAAAAACAAAGGUUUGUGUCAAAGAUUCUCACCUUGUUUCGAAUGUGGUGUUUAUUUAUCCAUUUUGCAUUUUGUCA